AUCCCUAUUCGCCGCUCGCACGGUGACGCACUCCGGUUUCCCCCGAAUAUGCAAUGAGUUCCUUGAGGCUCCAGCGCAAAUAAAGAUAGCGGACCGCCGCCUGCGGCUUCAACUUUUUAUACUGACAACGUAAAGCUAUGCUUUUUGCAUAAUCGCGAACUAAGGGACUUAGAUCCCAGAAGGAGCCUGCGGGGUGAAGAAGAAGGAGAAAGACAGAGGAGGAUACUUUCGGGCGGAGAAACGCAAAGUAACACAAUAGAAAAAAAAGUGAACUUACGACCUAGAAAUCAGAAGUUGUGAUUUACCUAAAACAGCGGAGAACCGAAAAAAACCUACAUUUCCGUUUUAAAGAUGAGUUUGAUGUCUGCUAUAGACACCAGUGCCAACGUGUACCAACCUGCACAGCUUUUAAACUGGGUAUAUCUCUCUUUACAAGACACCCACCAGACCAGUGCAUUUGAUGCGUUCAGACCAGAAUCUAACUCUUCCCAUCCGGAACUGAACUACACCAAGCCUCCCGCUGCUGACCUGGGCUCCUCUUUAAAUUCCAGCUAUCUGAACAACUUCUUUCAGCUCCAGAGGAAUGAGGCCUUGAAUAACAGCUUAUACAAAAGUGCCUCUCCCUACGGUUCCCUGAACAACAUUGUGGACGGACUGAGCUCUCUAACGGACCAUUUCUCCGAACUUUCCCUCUCCUCUGAGCCACGCAAGCCAAGCAAAAAGCCCCCUCCCAACUACCUGUGUCAUCUUUGCUUCAACAAGGGACACUACAUAAAAGACUGCCCCCAGGCUCGACCCAAGGGGGAAGGUCUGACUCCAUAUCAAGGGAAGAAGAGAUGCUUCGGGGAGUAUAAAUGCCCAAAAUGCAAGAGGAAGUGGAUGAGUGGAAAUUCCUGGGCCAACAUGGGACAAGAAUGUAUCAAAUGCCAUAUCAAUGUUUACCCACACAAGCAGCGUCCUUUGGAGAAACCUGACGGCCUGGAUGUUUCGGACCAGAGCAAAGAGCACCCUCAGCAUUUGUGUGAAAAAUGCAAAGUCCUUGGCUACUACUGCCGUCGUGUGCAAUAAUCUCCGAAUGAAGGUCUCCCCAGUCCACCCAGCCCUCUCCGUAACAAUCUACAGGUCACCCACAAAGUGCUCUUUAAGAAGUGAAACUUGCCAAAUUUGAUAUGUAUAUAGUUUAUUUGCUCAUAGGCCUUAAAUAAUCAGUAUUAUGUAACAAGUUUAUCUGUGUAUGUGUAUAACUGAGAGAUUGUUUUAACACUACAAUAUCACUGACAGUAUUGCUGCCCAUAUCAGUUGCAAUGGAUUACCUCACUGUGGGGUCUAUUGACUUUGUUUACAUAAUUCUGUGUUUGUUUCCAUUUUUCCCUUCCAAGUGAAAUUUAUAGAUAUGCUGAAUAUUCAUGAAUUUUUAUUUUUGCUAAUAAUUUAAUAUGGCUCUCGACGCCAUUCUUACUCGUAUUCAGUGGGUGGGCAGCACAUCUUAUCAACUGUGAAUUAACUGAGGGAUUAUGAAAAUGUUUAUCCCUGGCUUGUGUGUUGUAUUUAUUACUGGAGUUUACCGUGUCUUCGUUGUAGACUAGAAUUAGUGUUCGUGUCGUGCAAUUUGACUAUUUUAACUGGGACAUAUAUAGCUAUUGUAACGAUUUCCAUACAUCAUUAGAAACUACUGUAGAUUCAGUUGUAAUGCUAUGAAAUUUUAAAUAAGCGUUAGUCUGCUUGGCAAAUAAUUCAGUAUUUUUGAAGUAGAUAUGCUAUUAUAAUACUUCUGUUAAUUUGUUGAACCCCGAGAUAUAUACAUACAUAAUUUAUAUAUGAAGAUAUCAGUUGGCAUAUAGUUGUUCUAUAAUUAAAACGCACAGUAUUAUUCGAUAUGAAAACUGAUUUCGACUUGCAGUUAGUACAUAACAAUCGUAAAUGUUGGAACAAAUGCCCUUAAACAAAGAAUUUAUCAGACAAACGAAACACUAUAGAUUCUACCCAACUUUUAAGAAUUCCGUUUGCCUGAUUUUAAUUUCAGACAACUAGCUAUGUUUGUUUUCAGUGUUCACACAUAAUUUUGAGAGCAGUUUUGGCCACAUUAAACAAAUAGUUCGUCUCAUAUUCCCACAUUCAGAUAGGAAGACUUAAUUUAAGGUGAUUUGAAGCGGUGCUUAUUAGAAGUCCGUUUAAACUCAGGACAAUUUUACUGUUCAAAUAGGAAGUUGUCAGGUAUGAAUGCUUAAUGGAUAUUUCUUAAAAUAUGUUUGAUGGCUUUUUUUGUUUCUGGAAAGUCUGAAGAAUAGAUGAAGAACACUUGUGUAUUUAAUUGAACCAGUCGUCAAUUUGAAAUAAUACCUAACAAUGUAGGAAACAACCCAAAUGAAAUCAUUCGCUUCUAACAAAAAAGUACCAAGAUGGUUUUGUUUUCACGUGGUGUAACAGUGUGUGUAACCAGUAAGUUGCCAAAUGCAUAUUUGAAUCGGCUUGGCCAGACUCACUAGGUAAUUAUGUCACCAUUUACCGUUAAACCAAAAACAAUUUCAAGAAUCUACACAGUGACACUUGGCCAGUCUUUUGUAUGAGCAUUAGAAAACCGUCUCCCAGCACCUUGGAAUUGGUUCGCAAGCAGCUUACAGUAUAUAGUCUGUCAUAUAGGAUAUUGCAAUCUUAUUGCAGAGAUUCAGUAAUGGCCUGUCCGGUGGCAGAGAGGUCAAACAAGUCCGCAGUUCCUUUUUGUUUGGUCAUUGUGUCAUAAAACUUCUGACACGGGGAAAAAAAAAAUAUAUAUCAAGGUAGAAUUUCAAGGAAAAUAACAAUUGUUAAAAAUUUCCAAAUGGGAAGCCAACAGUUACCACAUAGAGGCAUUUAAAGCGCAAUGCUUUUCAUCUGCCAUUAAAUGUCAGGGAAUAAAAAGCAACUUUAUGCCUGAAGUGGGUGGUAACUGAUUUGAAACACAUGGGAAAGCAAUUGAAUUGCACAUUGUCUGUAAUUAUUUUACAGGUGUGAACAUGUCCCUAAUUUAGAGAGGUCUGGAUCUCCUGAACCAAAGGACAAAGCAGCGUUUUGGGGUUUAACAAAUAAACCUAAUCGACUUAUUAAGCUGCAAUUAAUUACUCCGGGCACCAUAUUGUGUUUUUGAACUUUCGGUUGCAUAUGCACGGUUAGCAGAUGUUAUACGAUGUGCUGUUAUUAAACAUCAUCCAUCGUCCAUCUUCAAAUCGCCUGAAUCGGUAGCACUGUUGUCUCAAAUAUUUAUGGUUGAGGGUUCGAAUCCCAUCUCUGAAUGAGCGUUGGGACUUUGCACGUUCCCCCUCUGCUGUCUUGCUUUCUGCUGGGUAUGCCUCAUCCUACGUUUCAAAGGCAUAAAGUUAGGCAAAUUGGAGCCUUUAAUUUGCUGAAAGUGAUUCUUCUUGUGCUGGUAUCCCGUCCAGGGUGUUCCUCUGCAUAUGCAGUGGGAUAGGCUGCAAAGCAGUUAGAAGAUGGGAUUUCUUCAUUGAUUUUACAAUUAAAUGCCACUGUUUAAUAGACGCGUUAAGUGAAGACAUGUCAUUAAGCGAACCGGGGGGGGGGGGGGCAUGGGGUGGGGCGAGAGAGAUGAUAAUCUCCAUUUCAGGUGUUUAGAGCAGGGGUGCCGUAAGGGGGGCGGAGUUAGGAGAAUUUGGAGCGUAGUUGGAUUGGCCUGCGUUGGCGGCCCAAAAUUUCUAGCGGCACCUCUGAUUUAGAUGAACGCAGAGAAUGUAAUUCACUGAUGGGCUCACUGUGUACCCUGACGUAUCUCAGAGCAGUGAGCACCGAGCAGAAAUGUGAAAAUGGAAAUUUAAAGUUACUAAAAGGGAUUCUGUUUACUGUUCUAAUAAGGCAGGAAAACUCAGAAAGUCGGAUGUUGCGUGGCAUUGGGGAAAAAAAAUAUGUCAUCAGAAAAAUAUUUGAAGGGCUUUAUGACAGGUUUAAAUCCUUUAACCAAGAGCCUAGUUGUUAAUCGUCAAAGCAAGUGCUUUCAUUGCUAAGCGAGGUACCUUCAAAAUGCAGCCUGCUCAAAUACAGGCAUUUUAGAUAUAGCAAUCAAUCAAUUUAAACAAUUUAAGUUGCUUAAGAUUUAAAAAAUAAAUAUCGUUUUAAUUCAGUGGCAAAAUGAAAACGUCCAGAUCACAAAUGUGGAAACUAGGAAAUGAUAUGACAUGAUGGCAACGUUUCCCAUAAAAUUAUUUUUAAAAAACUAUUCAGAAAUCAUCCUUGACAUGCCAGGUUAGCUAAUAUUUCCCUUGAUUCCCCUAGUUGACUUAAAUAUAUGAACAGAUAUUUCCAACAGACAAAAACAAUUAUAGCACGGCUGUUAUAAAUGCAGAUAUCAUUUGAUUUAUUCAAAGCCAAGUUGAAAGGCACUUAUUCCUUACAAGCCAAGCCAUCGUUUUGUACCAUCAUCAAUAAUGAUCAAAACCUUUCUGCUGACCACAAUAUAAGUAGUGCAGAUUUAUUAAAUUAACAAACAAAAAAAACCCCAGCGGAAAUGUGUUUAAACACAUUUGAUUUACUUGUCAAUGGAACCUUUACAGGGAACUUUCUUUUUAAUACAAAUUGACAACAUUUACGUGGUUGACUGGAUUUUUUGGUAUGUGGCCUAAUAUAUUUGACCUGUUUUUACAGCUGAUAAUUUACAAGGUGCGAAAUGAACAGUUCAGGUAACUUACUAGAUUUGAACUGGACUGUAAUGUGAACUUUUCGGAAUGUGAAACGGUAAUUGCUAAAAUGAUUCUUAAACAGAACAUCAUACAUGAAUGUUAUUAACAGCAGUGGAUGGCGUCAAAUUGGCCGAGCGAUAGGGUAUGUCGGUGUUAUUUGUGUGUGUAUUUGGGGAGGUUAAUCAGUCAAACAUACUUUCUACAGUCACAAAAUCAUUACGAACGGGAAAAGUUGAAAAUCUCAGUUUACAGGUGCAGUAGGAAUCGUCGAGGUACAGAACAAUUUCCUUUAAUGCUGACAGUUAAAAAAAAAAAGCAGGUUUUAUGUUACCCAUUUAUUGUUGGGAUCAACUCAAUGUCAAUUCAAUGGCUUUAUUUACAAAUAAUAUAAAAGUAUCAUAUUAUGAAGUUGCACCGUCUACCUUGUGUUUCCAAUUGUACUUCUGUUGUUUGUUUGCAUUUCUGAAGGCUGUUUCGUCUAGUGGCCUGUUUCGGUUUUAGCGUGGAUUAGACGUAGGUAUUGUUUGACGGAGUAAUUUGAAACUGUGGUUAUUUACUUCUCCCACUGAAGUCUGCAAACAACGUGUCAGCACUAUAACGCCUUUUUCUAUACUAUGCUCUAUCCUUACUUCUAUAUAAUAGAAACAAAAACAUCAAGCUGAGCCAAAGGAGCUAAGCACAUAACCAGAAGGGGCCUUGAACUCCUCGAAAUUAGCUCGGAAUCGUUAGAAACCUAUAAAGGAAAAACAAUUAUGUGAUUUGGGGUUUCAGAACUCCUUUCUCUGGCCAUUGAUGCUAUCUAGGGGAGACAUUUUUGAGUAGGUAGAGUGCUUUGAAAAUAUGUAAAGAGCGAGGAAAAGGUUCUUGUUUUUUUUGACAGCAUAAUUGCUUGCAGACGUAUUUGCCUUGAGAGACAUGUACUUGACUUUUACUGUUCUUUGCAUUUUCUAUGAACAAUGUAUGUAUUUUCGAAACCUCUCGAGAUGUUAACAUUUUUGGAACAAUUGCAAAAAAUACAGUUCUUCCCCGGACAGAUCUUUGCAAUGAUUGUUAUAUGUAUAUAUUUGGAGGCCAUCAUUCACAAAAUAGAAUAUUAGUUGUUUUACAAUGUUGUAUUGCAAUAUCAAAGCUUUUCCUUAAAAGGGCCUAUUGUUGAAGUAUAAACAAGAUUGGGAGUUUUUUUUUUUUGGAUGUUUUACAAUCUGAGGGUUAUAUCCUACAGAAAAUAUUUAUGGAAGGUUUCUUUUUUUCUACAAUAUUUUUUCUGUAUAAAAUAUGCAACAAAACUACACUAAGAAGAAAAUAUUGUUGUCUACAUAGAUUAUUAUAUGAAGGUUGGUACAUAAUUCUUAAAUACCCUUUGCUCUCUUAAAGCCAUUUUCUCUUGUUUAAUGUGUAUGGAUGAAUAUAUGAUCCAUAUUAACAAUAUUAUUCAAGUGUUUAAUGUGUAUGUGUUUUAUAUGCCUAUCAGAGUUCAUAUAUGUGUAUUUUGAAACAUUUAUGCUGUCUUUUUAAAGGGCAGUGCUACAAUUCUAACAUUAACAGCAGAAAGCAAUAGAGCAUGCUAAUGCAAAAUAAUGCUAUGCAGAAGUAAUCAGUCAACAGUAAUCAGGCUGUUUUCAGAGAUGCAGAACACUGUACCUCUGUAUCACUGUUUUGUAGUUUAGCGCUCACCACUAUAUCAAAGCACAAGAAAGUGUGCCUUCUAAUAUGCAUUAUCUACUAAAGCAUUAUCGCGCAGGAGCUAAUGUAGAUUUUUAAUUGUAUAGCUAGGAAAGCAUAGCUGCUCCGCUGUGCAAGAGGUCAUGAUGUUUGAUUGUGAUUGCAUGUGCAUAUCCUUCAUAAUGCUUGGAAGAAAAAAGUUUUUCUGUAACUUUUAGUGCAUUAAUUUAAUUGUAUCCUAGCCUACACCAAAAUACUAACUCUAUUGCUGUAUUUCAGAUAUUGUGUAUGUAUAACAACUAACGUAUUAGUAUACUGUUUUUGUGGAUUCCCGAAGAAAACCACGAGGAAAUGGAAUAACACACUCUGACAUACACUUCUUUAUUAGAAAUUAGAUAUCAAUGUUUACUCAUUAAUUUUUUGUAACUUUUUUUGUAUAAAGACUAAUGCUAAAAUGGAAAUUGGCAGAGCACAGAGUGGCAGGCGAGGAUGAUGUUUUUGCUGGGAAUGUGCAAAGAAUGUACAACUCUUCUGUUAAAUGUCCAUAAAAUGGCAUUCCGAAAUGUGCCUUAUUUGCUUAAUAGGGAAAAAGCUUUGCUUUAGUGCUUCAAAGAGUUUUAUUGCUGAAUUAAAAUAUUGAAUCAGU